GCAUUUUUUUUUAAGGUUAUUGUGAUUAGUGAACCGCACUCAUAUUGUUGUUACACUAGUUUUUCGUCAGGCAGUUUGGGGCCUACACGGCUUGCCGGCAUACUUGCGGUAUAAAUAAAAGUGCUGAUGGGAGAACCGUUGAUAGUCUGCUGGUGGCAUUCAAAUGGGGUUUUGAGUGAAAGACCAAACCAAGUGAAAGGAACGGUAAACCAGAAUUUAGAGUUGGAACGUUCAUUUUAGUGAAUAUGAUAUCGUACGUAGUUGUAUCGACGCUUCUGGUGUGCGCGGCGGCGAAACCGCAGAAUCAGUUCGGUGCCAGGAACUACAAUCAGCAGAAUGCGGCGUUCAACCGAAAUCUGCAGGUUCAACCGUUGCAGCAGCCACAACAUCAUCAACAGCAACGGCAUCAUUCUCAGCAACAGCAAACCCGUCCCCAACAGCAACAGCAGCAGCAGCAGUUCAAUCAGCAACAUCGGCAGUCACAAGCCCUGAGAGCUACUCCACUGCCGGUGCAGCAGCAACCACAAACGCAGUUUAACCAACGAUUGCAGCAACCCUUCCCCAGCCCACCGAGGCCCUUCGUCCCCAUCACGUCCUACAACAAUGACGUUUCGUUCGAUGGUUCCUAUUCGUACGGCUACACGACAGGUGACGGUCAGCAGCAGCAAGCUCAAGGCUACCUGAAAAACCCCGGCCUGAAAGACCUGGAGGCCCAAGCCGUGCAAGGUUCGUACUCGUACACCUCACCCGAGGGACAGCUAAUAACGGUGACAUACAUUGCCGAUGAAAAUGGCUUCAGGGCAGAAGGCGCCCAUCUUCCUACGCCACCGCCGAUCCCUGAGGCCAUUCAGAAAUCUCUGGCGCUGAUUGCAGCAACUCAACCGGUCUCGCAGAAAUUCAGCCAAGCCUACAGCCAGCCAGCGUUCGGUACCAACCAGAACUUUAACCGUUUCGGAUAGAUGUUCCACCAAAUCAUACGUCUAAAUGCAAAAAAAAAAACAAAUAAAACAGCAGGAUGGAUUGAUGGAAUGCGUGACCUAUUGCAAUACAUGUUUCAACACUAACUCCCGUGGUAGUUACCGAAGACCAAAAUAGCAUCAAACAGCAGCAGCAGCAGCAGCAACAGCAGCAAGAACUCGUAGAGGUGUGAAUGCCUUUUGCAGCAACGAUACCAAUGUUAAUUUUUAGUACCAGAGAUGACUGUUAUGAGUUAGCGAAUUUUAUGAAUAUUUCUCCCGUCUGUGUACAUAAGCCUCAGCUAACCCCGUUCCAUCAUGCCUAAAUGUGUGGAAUAGCUUCGUUAUAUUUUAAGCGCAAAUAUGAAUUAAAAUAUUAA